AACCUUUCUUGGCAUCCUAGAGUUACUAUGUCCAUGAGGGGUCUUGACCCUAAAGCCUGAAAUGGCUGUUUCAGAGUGGUAGCUGAAACUGUAUCCAGGCCAUUUGCUUUCUUGGGGCUCUAUUUUCUGAGCCAGCAUUGGCCUUCGUGUUCAUGAAUAGAGCUUGAGGUUCACGUGCUGGAUAAUGACUGUAAAACCCAUUCAGUUUGUUUGACAGCUGUAGAUUACUAGAAAAGAACAUCAGUUCGCUCUUGGAAUGUUAUGGUGAGGUGUGGCACAUGUCAAGCCAUGUCAUACCUUUUUGCAGUCACCUCCACUUUGUCUCCAGGGUGUCUGACAAACCUCCACCCUUUUGGUUUUUGGUAGGUAAACAAAGGGCAAUGAAAGCAGCAUGUGUUGUGAAUGCUUCUGCUGUUCUACAGCUGAGAACCGGUUAGAUGAGAGUCUUCGCCUGGUAGGAAAAUACUCUAGCUGCUGGAAGAGUCAAUGCUUUCUCAGGAUUGAGAGUUGUCAACCAAAAAAUGCCCUUAAGUGACUGAAGCUAUGAAACAAUCCUGUGAUAUUCUUCGAUCGAUUCAAUAACGACUCAUCAGUCAAGAUCUCUGUCGAGACAUUCAACAUUUAUUGGUGUGUGGUCUGCUCCUGUGAUGCUUCAGACAAAUCUGUGUAAGCAUGAUGUAGACUUGUCUGAGCACAACCCCUCUGUCUUUCUGAAGGAAGUGAGUCAGCUGUGCACUUUCCCAAACUUGGCUCUGACACUGUUCAAUGAAGGGGGGUAGAUGAGGCAGCUACUCAUAUUAUGGACUGCUUCAGUUUUGUCUGCAAGUCAUUGGGUGUGUUAUUGAAUUCAUGUACUAACUUUUUCAAUUACUUCUACAUGUUGUGGGCAUGACCAUCAUCUAAGCUGAGCACUCCUAGAAUGAAUGAAGUGCUAUUUUGUUUGUCAUAGCUUGGGAGCAAAAUUGCUUCUUAUAAAUGGCAAAUUAACAUACCAGUGUUUAUUAUUAUUAGUUUUUUUUUAAGAGUAGUGUCUAUGCAUGACCUUUGUCACCAGAUGUACAUGUCCACCAGAUGUGACCAUUUCAAACAAAAUAAUUUUUUCCCAUAAUUGUAGUUGGAUACAUUUUAGAGUCCUGAAAUUAAUUUUGUUAGAACAGAUACUAUUUGUUCCCACCCGUUGAGGCUGGACUUGCCUAAAGGGCAAACAGGGCAACUGUUACUUCCCCUGAGGGUCUGGGGCCAGGUCCCAGGUUAAUCUGUGUGGCAUUUACUUUGUAGUUAUAUGACAGAAUACACAUUGGAGAUUUGUCUGGUAAUAUGCACCAGUUAAGCACAAUAAAACUGAAAUGGUAGGGGCUAACAGGUCAUUUUGGCCCCAGGUCCCCCUAGUAUCUUAAUUUGUCACAGGGAGUGUUUUCUUUACCCUCCUUGCCCUUGAAAGUGCCAUUUAAAUGAGAAGCUUAAUGUGUGUCUCACUUAAAUGUUCUCCAUGUCCCUCGUAUCCUAGAGCAAAUUUUCUCCCGAUUGAUCUUUUUGUCUGUAAUAGUGGGAGUUUUCCUUUAAAUAAACUGCAGACUCCGCCCACCCAGCCCUCCUCUGGCAGACGCCGAAGUAGCGGAGCAGCGAAUCCGACUAUUGGCCAACGGAUAGUCAGAGACCUCGGGAGUGUAUGAAGCCGACUAUCAACUUCAGGCUCAGUUCGCCUCUCAAAGUCAGUCUACAUUAGGUAACAAUGAGUACAUCGGAGUCCUUGGAUCGAAUGGAACUCUGUGAAAGCCUCUUGACAUGGAUCCAGACAUUCGGAGUGGAGGCUCCAUGCAAGACAGUAGAAGACUUGACGAGUGGUGUCGUCAUGGCGCAAGCUCUACAGAAAAUAGAUAUAGGGUAUUUCACUGACGCUUGGAUUAGUAGAAUCAAGCCAGAGGUUGGAGACAACUGGAGGUUAAAGGUCAGCAAUCUAAAGAAAAUUCUGAAAGGCAUCCUAGAUUAUAACCAGGAGGUCUUAGGGCAGCACAUUAAUGACUUCACACUACCAGACGUUAACCUCAUUGGAGAACACUCCGACGCAGCAGAACUUGGGAGAAUGCUACAACUUUUACUGGGCUGCGCUGUCAACUGUGAACAGAAACAAGAAUACAUCCAGACCAUAAUGAUGAUGGAGGAGUCAGUGCAGCAUGUUGUCAUGACAGCUAUCCAAGAGCUGAUGAGUAAAGAGACUCCGGUGACGGGAGGAAAUGACUCGUAUGUGGAUCUAGACAGACAGCUGAAAAAGACAGUCGAGGAGCUGAAUGACGCUUUGGCUACCAAGGAAGAGAUCGCCCAGAGGUGUCGUGAGCUUGACAUGCAGGUGGCAGCCUUGCAAGAGGAGAAGAGCAGUUUGCUAGCAGAAAACCAGGUCCUGAUGGAGAGACUCAACCAGUCGGACUCCAUAGAGGAUAUAAACAGCCCAGCUGGACGCAGACAUCUCCAGCUGCAGACACAACUGGAGCAGCUACAGGAAGAAACUUUCAGGUUGGAGGCAGCAAAAGACGACUACCGGAUCCGUUGUGAGGAGCUUGAAAAAGAACUUUUAGAUGUAAAGUCACAGAAUGAAGAGCUUGUGUCACUGGCUGAUGAAGCCCAGUCCCUCAAGGAUGAGAUGGAUGUCCUUAGGCACUCAUCAGACAAAGUGUCAAAGCUGGAGGGCACAGUGGAACACUACAAAAAGAAACUUGAGGACAUGGGACUUCUCAGAAGACAGAAUAAGCUGAUGGAGGAGAAGAACACAGUGUUAAUGCAGACCAACGUCAGUUUGGAAGAAGAUCUACGAAAGGCAAAUGCUGCCAAGGGCCAGCUGGAGACGUACAAGAGACAGGUGGUUGAACUUCAGAACAGACUCUCAGAAGAAUCUAAAAAGGCUGACAAGAUGGAGUUUGAGUAUAAACGCGUCAAAGAAAAAGUGGACUCCCUGCAAAAAGAAAAAGAUCGUAUGCGGACAGAGAGAGAUUCGCUGAAGGAGACUAUUGAGGAGCUGCAUUGUGUUCAGGCUCAAGAGGGACAACUUACAUCAAGUCUGUUCCCAUUGGUCAGCAAUGACGGCUCUGAUUCACUGGCUGCUGAGAUCACCACCCCAGAGAUUCGAGAACACUUGAUUCGUCUUCAGCAUGAGAACAAGAUGCUAAAGCUGGCCCAGGAGGGAUCAGACAAUGAGAAGAUUGCGCUGUUGCAGAGUCUACUGGAGGAUGCCAACAGAAGAAAAAAUGAACUGGAGACAGAGAACAGAUUAAUCAAUCAGCGUUUGAUGGAGGAACAGAGUCAGGUAGAGGAGCUACAGAAGAAUCUUCAGGAGCAGGGCUCCAAAGCAGAUGAUUCUUCCAUUCUGAAGAAGAAAUAUGAGGAGCACAUGGAGAAAGUACGAGAGUUGAACAAUGAGUUGUUGAAGAAAAAUGCCUUCAUCGACGAAAUGGAGCCUAAAUACAACGCCAGCUCCCAACGAGUGGAGGAGCUGGAAGAGGCCCUGAAAAAGAAAGAUGACGACAUGAAACAGAUGGAGGAGAGAUAUAAAAAAUAUCUGGAAAAAGCCAAGAGUGUGAUCCGGACCCUGGACCCCAAGCAGAACCAGGGUUCAGGUCCAGAGGUUCAGGCCUUGAAGAACCAGCUGCAGGAGAAGGAGAGGAUGCUGCACUCACUGGAGAAAGAGAUGGACAAGACAAAGAGCCAGAGAGAUUACGAGGAGAAACUGAUUGUGUCAGCCUGGUACAAUAUGGGUAUGUCUCUGCAGAAGAAGGCGGCUGAAGACCGACUCGCCAACACCGGUUCUGGUCAGUCCUUCCUGGCCCGGCAGAGACAAGCCACCAGCACACGCCGCUCCUAUCCAGGCCACGUCCAGCCAGCUACCGCAAGGUAGAUGGCAACAGGGCAGAAAAAUACUGCGACAAACUACCUUACAAAUCCCCUGAACUUACAUAAAGUAGAUGCGCCUUUUUGGAGGCGCACUAUUUCCAUUCAUUUCUAAUGGAAGUUCUUGUUUUCCUGCAUUCUGCCUAUUGAUUAUCUUUUUUUUUCUUCUUGAUCAGAUCCAUGAGGUAGAGAUGCCAGGCAAGGCUGCCCAAAUCUUGCACCACUUUUUUCCUGACUAAGCACAUUUUUCCCAGACUCCUGUGAUGCCAGGCUUCUACCUAUUUCACCCCCAGUAUAUUUAAUAGGGUCUGACUAAUCACUCCAAAACACCUCUCUUCCUCCCUUUCAACCACUGACCUUCCUCAACCUGUACUCUGUGGCAAACUUUUGCCAGGCAGGUAAUCUGAACCCCAAGGCUGAGAAGGCUUGCAUCUUCUUGACAAGUUACUGUCAUUUUUGUGUAGAGGAUCCGCUCUGCCUGUUCAUGCAGUAUUUAUGCACAUCUCUACCUGUGAUAACAUUUGAGGUUCAUGUUUUUUUUUUUUGUUUGUUUUCUUUGACUUGAGUUGACAGAUCAGAUUUUCUAUCCCGGGUUAUCUGUUUUAACUCUUCUGAUGUAGCUUUAAGAAAGUCAACAGCAAUUUUCUGUUACAUGUGUCAAUGUUUCACUUGUGAUUCAAAUGAUGAUAUUUUCAGACAGUUGCUCCUUUGUUUUGUCAUUGUGUUAUAGAGUGUUGAGGCAUAGGAAGAUGUAUAGUCAUCACAUGUAAAUGUUACAUUUUCUUGCUAAAAGUUCUGAGUGAUUUCUAAUGGGACUACAUGGUUUGAAAAAAAACAACAACUGUUGGCUGGUAACUGCAGCAAUAAUUGUGAAAAUUAUUUUUUCUUCCAAGGGAAAAAGAAAAAGUAAAGUUGUUCCAGAAGGUGUGAUCCACAGCUGGGUAGAUUGUGUCAAAGAUCAGUGUGCUACGUUAUAGUGUAUACUGGUUUUCUUUAUGUUUCUUGACGAGCCACGGUUGAUCAAAGCAUGAAAUGCAUUAGUUCACAUGGUUUUAGCUUUACCAGCAUUUACCAGGUUGUCUGUGACAACACCUUUUGUGCCAUAAUGUUACAUUUAAAUGUAUUUAUCAUAGUAUUUGGUUAAUAUUUUACUUACAACACUGCAGACUUACAGCCCCCCCCUUACAUAGGAAGAAAUGUGUUAAAGGAAAAUCUAGUCGUGAGGUGCAGUAGUUCCUGAGUUACAGAUCCUGUGACUGUCUGGUUGAAACUGCAUUUAGUUUGUAGGUUGCCCCCAAUGCCAACAAGUCACCAAAAAGGAGGCAUUUAUUGAAUGCAGCACACUGAAGUGGACUUACUUUCCAUAUAAUUUUAGAAUGACUUGAUUGCUAUCAUAAUAGAAAAGGUGUUUCAAGGUGUGUGCUAAGGUGUUUCAAUAAGCACCGCACCGUACUGCUCAUGCCACUUUACGUAGGAAUCUUGAAUAGGUAUGCUUGUUGCAGCUGUUCCCGUCCCUUCUCUAACCCGUCUUUUGUUCCAUUCUCUUUACCUUGUCGUUGUUUUUAAGGCAGCACCGUGAACAAUCUCUCGUUAACAUGAUGGACCUGUAGAAGCAUUGAAAUUAACCCUGUUAAUUUGCUGUUUGUCUGUUAAGAUCAGGGCCCUGAUGAGAACAGGCCCUGUCAUCUGACCAUUAUCUCUCUCUCUCUCUCUCCUCCUUCAACAGCAAUGUCACUGCAUGACUGGCACACCAAUGAACUGGCCAAGCCUGGUGUGGCUGGGCUAGGCUGAGGCACUCGAUGCAUGAACUACCUGCCUGCCUACUGUUUGCAUGACUUUGCAUUGACUCAAGCCUGUGAAUAACCAGCGCACCCGGCUGCAGCAUGAGCACUAACAACCUCUGCAGUGUCAUGCAUUGUAACCUCCAGACAAGCCUGAGGAGUGAUGCGGUCAGAAAAAGAAUACCCUCACGCUCCUUCCCCCAAUUAAUCUCCUUUCCACCCUUCCAGCUCUUGACUCCUCUUGUUCUCCUGCUCUUUGUUAUCCUCUCUAUCCCCUCUCCUCUACCCCUCCUACUUACUCUUCAUGGACAUGCCUGCUUGUGCUUCCACACUGCAUCAAGUCUGCUACUAUUCAUGCACCAGUAUGUUACAAACACCUAGGACCAGGGCAGUAUAUCGCAGUAUAGAGUCUUUUCUGUAGUGCUUGUGUGCAACUUGACGUUGGCUAGCUGCUUCAGGAUACCUCAAUGACAUAUUUCCACAUAUCUGUUUCUAUUUCCAUGGUCGGAGGACAGUUGACGUCAGUAAGAGAGAAAUAUUUGAGAGGUGUAGCCUGCAAAUUAGUCUGCAUAACAAUAAAGAAGCCAGCUCCCCUUUUAACUCCUGAGUGUGUAUCUCCUGCAAUGGUUCUGCCAGCCUCUCCUCAGUAUGUUGCUAGAUGGCAUCUUAGAAGUGCUUUUACCUCAAGUAUUAGAGAGUACAAAAACUUGUGGACUAAAGGAGAGUUUAUGGGGGGUUGCCCUAUAGGCUUUAGGACGGUUUGCAGUAGGAGCAUAGGACGGCAACAUAAGUGUUUUAAAUCAAUAACAAUGUUACAGACAUGCAUUUUAUACAGGAUAAAAGCCCCCAUUAAGCUUACUUGCAGUUUUUCUUUAGCUGUAAUUGUUAAAUGUUAGUGUCAGUGUAGCAUCUGUUUCUUGGUAAAAAUGCACAUUUAUACCCGUAAUUUAGUGUUUCUGAUGUUGGCUAUAUUGUAGCUGACCACUUUGUUGUCUGUUAUUUGUCUAGUAGCAAAUAAGCGCACGUUGUCUCAUGUGUAAUACACUAUACCAUAAAAAUGAAUGCCAAUUUGAUAGAAACAUCAGACUAUUAAAAAGGUGAUAUGAAACUCUACAUUAACUCUUGUAGGCUAAUGUAUAGCACAUUCAUUUAGUUGGAUUGAAAGGGUUAAUCAGUUAAAAGAUGUGGAAAGGGAAAACGAUUGCAAUUUCAAAAGAAAGGUUUUGGCAUUAAUUGUUAACGGAAGAAGCUGACUGCUCAGACAUGCAGGGUUAACCGCUAAGCAAGACAUGAGUUACAUCAGACGCAAAUUAUAGUUUCAGUAAUAGUGAAAGUUAAUUUGGUGUUGAUGUAAGUCAUACUGUACUGUUGUGUAGCAACUGUCUUAUUUAAAUUUCACUUCCAGAGCUUAUGUUGAGAAAAAGGGUGAGAGAGACUCCAAAUAAAAACCUGGACCUGUGAAUAUAUGCAUAUUAUAGGCAUAAAUGCAUACAUUUGUUUAAAUGGAAGAGAUGUUUGAAUGCUCCAAUUUAGUGCCUUUGUUUAAAAUACGAUAUAAAAAAAAGACUUUCUGGUCUUCCUAGGACUAAAGGCACGUUGCCUUUAAAGACCAGCUUUAUUGUUUUAUUUGAAAAGAUUUAAAAAAAAUGACUAAGAUGGUCUUAAAACUCAUCCACAUGAUGAAUAUCUUGACUUGUAUUGUUUAGAUGAUGUAGGCUUAAUGAGGGGCUUUUUCUUCUCUGUUUUUAACCUAUUUUACUCAUAAUUGUUAAAUUGUGUAACCAUGAUUUAAUUCAUGCCGUGCAUUUUUAUCUCAAUGGCUUAUUUAUUCUUUUGCUGCUUGUACAGCGUGUUGUUACAAUUUUUUUUUAUAUUAGUAGUAGUAUUAUAUCACCACUUAUACUGUUACAAUGGAGGUGAAGUUUCCAUACGGCAUCAAAAUACUGUUAAAUACUUGUAUUAUGCAACAAAAGGAGGAGAAGGCUUGUAGUAAUGUAGUGUUUGUCUCCAUCUGAUGAAAAUGACACAAAGGUUAUAAUAUGAACAGUGUCAGCUCAGAUCAGUGUAUAUGGGAGAAAACGCUGUAAGGUUAUAUUUACCUCCAUUCUUGUCAGGAAAUUACUGUGCUAAGAAACUUAUCAUAUUUGAAAAUGAAUGUUUUCUCAUCAACAAAAAAAAAAGCACAUUUAAAAUUUUUAAUCACUGAAUCGUUAGUGAAUUUACCGUGACCCUAUAAAUUAUCAUAUUUUCCAGUGUUUUAAGUGACAGCAUCAAAGACGGGGGCCUUGUUUGUGGGGAAAAGGGUUCAUUAGUUGUUGUGGAUGCACAUGUAACUGCAUUAAAAAUUACAUUAGUACAGAUGUUCGGUUAAGUAUCUUGAUUAAAUAAGAGCAAAUCAGAAACCAUAUUUGGGCAUCAACUUAAUUUGUGUCCCAGGAGCGAGUAAUGAAGUUGAACAUUUUCAGUCUAAAUUCAUUUGCAAAGGAAAGAGGUGACAUCUUUUGUCUAAUUCUCUACUGUUUCUCUCUGUUUUUUGUUUUUUUUGUAAAUUGCUUGCCAUUAACAUCUACAGUUUGAGCUGUAAGUUAUAUUACACAGAACUCUUUUAACCGUCCAUCCCCACAAGUCAUUGGUUUGGUAAGAAAUCUGUAUAUAAUGGAAUACAUCCACUGUAAUGGUUGACCUGUUCAAAUUCAUAUCAGGGAUGGUUGGUGGGGGGGUGGGGGUGGGGUAUUUUUUGUUAUUUAAUAUCUCCCUGAAGAAAAAUCACAUUGUGUUAUCCCCUCUUAUCCACCCUCAAGUCAUCCACUGUUUUAUGUUUCUUUUAUGUGUCUGUGUAUAUUCAUAUUAUUACCUUGAUGCAAAUGAUGAGACAGCGGGGGAGAGAUUAUUGCAAGGGAGUUGCAGUAAUAUAACCAGAGAAACUAAUGUUUCACAGCCAGCUAGUUUUUCGGCCAUUUUCAGAUGUUAUUAAUGUCAAGUUCUUCUCAGUAGAGAGGGGAAGAGUGACACCUUGGUGAAGUAUUUCAAGCUAUGAGUCAAAAUCCUCCCUUAUUCCUGUUUGAGAACAAAAUACUAAAUGAGGAUUGCAGUUUCCAAAACUCAGUCAUAAUGUGGUGUAUUACUUACAUGCCUAAUCUAAAAUGAGUACCCAGUAUUUCCUAAUGUUACUUGACUGCUAACCUCUGUGGGCCAGUCAAAAGAGUAUUAGAGAGAUGACACAAACAACAUGAGGCUGUUAACAGGUCAGAAUCUUAUCUCGACGCGUGCAGUGUUUGCUGUAUUUUUUUACUCAUUGGAAAACUUUUUCUUUACAUACUGAAGUAGCAAAUAACCUUCCAUUUGCCAAGUUUUAUAUUGAUCUUGUACAAACACACUAUGUACAUACUUUAUGUGACAGUGGUAGAGGAAGUGUCUGGCCAUUUGAGAAUGAGAACAUAAAACUCAUGUCUAGGUAGAUGGAUUUCAUAUAGCAUCUGUCCGAUGAGGACCUAUUGAUGUGCUUCCUACACUGCAAAACUUGGAAAUGACAUUGUAAAUAAAGCUUGUAUAAAACAGA